CGCUUGAUCUGAUUACCCUGACGGCGGCGAGCAGUCUACCUUAAAAUUAGUUUUUUGUGUUUGAAUUCGCUUUUUCGAAGUUUACAUUUCGAUAUUCACAAUUUGUCCAUGAAGAAAUUCUACUUCAAACAAAAAUCUGCUGAAAGUUUGCACGUUCAUAGGGAAUUCCGUACCGCCACAACAAUGAGUAAUCCUUGAAUAAGUGCAACAGAACAGACAUUCGACCGUCGAACUUCUCUGCACAAACAUUCACAACAUGCCCACGAAAUCACUUCUGUUAUUUUUUUUUCUACAUAUGUUUUCUACGAAAGUACUGGGCGAUGACCCCAACGACCAUCACGCCAACUUUGAAAGACGCAACCUAAACCUGGACGAUUUAGGCGCCCAAAUAUCACGAACAGUUCACGAAAAUCUUAGAUCUGUUCGCGAGAUGGAGUUCCGGUUUAGAGUGAAAUUAGGAAAACAGGGUACGACCAUUGCCACAUUUCCAGAUACACAGUACAUUUUUCGUGAAGGCGUUAUGUAUAAAUGCGACGGUACUAUUGUACAAACGGACGGUUCUUGUUCUGGUACUUUACGUAAACCGGAAUUCAGCAGAAAAGAAGAUUUCUGUUACGCCACUGUUAGUGCAGUUGUUGAUAACUGGUACUGCAUUACGACCGGCGGUGGUGUCAACUUUGCUUAUAGCAAUGGGAAGGGUAAAUGUGAAAGUACGGAUGGCAGGCCUACGCUGCUGGUAUCUGCGGAGGACUACAAGGCGCUGUGCGAAAGUAGAGCGUAUCCUGUUACUUAUAAAUAUUUUACCAAGGAAUUGGACGAUCAUGGUUCUGAUGUGCAUUGUUCCGGCGAGCGGCCUUACGUGUGUACUUUAACGGAAGAAAAAAAUUCCAGUCUUAUGCGCUCGACAGGGUCGACUUUUGAGAAAUAUAGUUUUAUUUUGUUGGCGACAUUACUGCACAUGUUGUUUUUAAGGAUUGUUUUCGUUUAAAAUAAAAUUUUGAAAAAACAGAAACGGGAAUCUGUGUAAAUGUGUCUUUUUAGAUUAUCUGGUAAAAUGACCGCUAAUAGUGUGGUGACCAAAUUUAAAUUAAAAUUUCGUGCUAAAAAAAAACCAACGGCGCGAAAUAGCAUUUGAAUCAAGAACAUCGUUAAACAUAGGCAACCAUGUGCACGUUUAGUUCUUUUCUGGUAGAGGGUUGGUUUGUAGGUAGGAGAGACGUCACUUUUGGUUUGUUGUUGUGAAUGAAACCACGUAGUAAGUUAGCUAGGUUAAGUUUAGUUGCUUUGGUAGUUAAUAAAAUGGAAAGCCUUUGUUUAACUACAAUUAAUCGUAACGACAACGACGCCACAGUUUCCCCAACACGCGUAGCUAAUUCCUAACGUUAUCCCACUCUGGGAAAAGGGCCGGGGAAGUACGAUAGAAUUCAUAAUAUCGUGAACUGGGGUAAAUUUGUGAUAUUCAAAUAUUUGCAUUGAUUCAGAACGUUUAAUUUGAUUUCAUCCACUAAGAAGGUCUUCAACCUGCGUAUCUUAGUCGCAGCUUUGUUUUUCUUUUUUUUUUUGU